GGCAAACAUAUAAUUGUCCAAUUCCAUAUCUCUAUUCAAGUUUAGCUAUAUCCAUUCACUGCAACUACUUCGAGUAUAAAAGCUUAGAGAUUCACGAUGAAAAAGUAUCAGUUGUUCAAUCCAAUCAACCGAGUCCAACAUGAAACUGUUUGUUGUCGCUGCUUUCUUGGUCGUUGCUGCUUCCGCAGCUCCAUCCGACUACGCUUCUCCCGCUUACAGGGCGCCCCUAAUCACCAUCACCAGUCAAUCCGAUGAGCGUAACGCCGAUGGCAGCAGCAAGUGGAGUUACACUGGAUCGGAUUAUACCGCCCGUGAAGAAUCGCAGAUCCAGAAGAAGUUCCAAGGCACCACUUACGACUCUUACGGAAGGGCCAUUUACGGCGAUGUUCAGGGUAACACCAACCGAGGAUCUUCUUACUGGGUCUCUCCCGAAGGUGAGAAAUUCACGCUGACCUGGACUGCUGACGAAAAUGGAUUCCGGGCCAGCGGUAAACACUUGCCCGUUGCCCCCGUCCACGUCUACGAACUCCCAGUUGCUCCCGUUCACGUUUACUAGAUUCCAGUUGCUCCAGCUCUACCUUACAGGCUAUCGAACAUGUUGAAUCUGAAACAAGAAUUUGGAAAAAUGUCCCAAAUCAUUCAUGUGCUGUGGCAUGACACUGAAUUUGUUGGAGUAAAAAUCAAAUUACACAAAAACGUCAAUUCGAAUUUGGUUUCC